ACCCCGUUGUUUCUGAUACUGGACGAUGCGACCUAUCCGUGCUUGCCCUCACAUACACAAGAUACUGAGGUGAUCGCGUUUCGUUACAUUUUCUCCUGGCAUACCCGGAAGGUAUCGAAAAUAAGAUUAUCGAGACUGGUGACACACGGCUCGGAACACAUACAUACCCGAGCGAAGCGCCAACGUUUCGCUUUUACUUUGUCCUCGAUGAUGGCAGCUCAGGAUUUCAAUUUUUUACUAGCGACGGACUCUUAUAAGAUUACCCACUACAAGCAAUACCCACCCAAUGUCAAUAAAGUGUAUUCCUAUUUCGAGUGUCGGCACAAAAAGGGGGGGCAGCAUAACGAGGUGGUGUUUUUUGGCCUCCAGUAUCUUCUAAAGAAGUACCUAGCAGGUCGAGUUGUCACAGAGGAAAAGAUUCAGGAGGCAAAAGUCUUUUAUCAGAUGCACUUUAAACAGUCAGUGUUCGAUGAAGAGGGAUGGAGGAAAGUUUUAGAGAAAUAUGAUGGCCACCUUCCAAUCCGUAUCAAAGCAGUUCCCGAGGGGAAGAUCAUUCCCAGAGGGAACGUUCUUUUCACUGUGGAGAACACGGAUCCAGAUUUCUUCUGGCUCACCAAUUUUAUUGAGACAAUGCUGCUCCAAAUGUGGUACCCCAUCACCGUGGCAACAAUCUCCAGGGAGUUCAAAAAGAUUCUGGCCAAGCACCUGAAGGCCACGUCAGGGAGCCUGGAGGGUCUAGACGUCAAACUGCAUGAUUUUGGCUACAGAGGGGUGUCCUCACAAGAGUCGGCAGCACUUGGUGGAGCGGCUCAUCUGGUGAAUUUCUGCAGCACAGAUACAGUGGCGGGUCUGCUGAUGGCACAACGAUACUAUGCAUGUCCUAUGGCUGGGUUCUCCAUCCCUGCUGCAGAACACAGUACUAUCAUCUCCUGGGGCAAGAGCCGAGAGAAAGAUGCGUUUGAGUGUAUGCUGGAGCAGUUUCCCUCUGGGCCUUUAUCUGUGGUUAGCGACAGUUAUGAUAUUUUUAAUGCUUGUAAGCACAUCUGGGGGGACAAGCUGAAGGAGAGAGUGAUGGAGAGGAGUGAGGAUUCUGCACUCAUUAUUCGUCCAGACUCCGGGGACCCCGCUCAAACCCUCAUAGAGGUGAUAAAGAUUUUGGAGGAGUGUUUCGGAUGUUCUCUAAACUCAGUUGGUUACAAGGUGCUCCCAUCAUACCUGCGCAUUAUCCAGGGGGAUGGAAUUGAUCUGAACUCGAUUAAUGAGAUUCUCGAGAAACUGAGUGAUGAGGGUUGGAGUGCUGAAAAUGUGUUUUUCGGUUGUGGAAGUUCACUGCUGCAGAAGAUCAACAGAGACACGCUAAACUGCGCUUUUAAGUGCAGCUAUGUGGAGACCAAUGGCAAAGGCAUGGACGUCUGUAAGCAGCCAGUGACAGACCCAUCUAAAGGGUCAAAGCGUGGACGUCUCUCUCUGAGGAGAAAUUCAGAUGGCCUCAUUGAGACGGUGGAAAGAGGAGCAGGCAAACCACAGGAGGACAUGUUGGUGACUGUGUUUGAAAAUGGGACCAUCCUUCAGGAGUACACUCUGGAUGAGAUCCGUAAAGCUGCUCAGCUUUGGGAAGAUGAUGUGAGCCCUUCCGAGCACAACAAAGAGGACAACACUUCUCUGGAGAUCCACCAGAAACUCAUAAUGAACGGCGUGCAUUAAUAAGCACAAUAUGCACACUGUUCUCUACACUGCCGCCUACAGACCAACCACAGACCAAUUCCACAACACUAAGAUGCUCAUCAAUAUAGCAGGACACAAUGUUGCCAAACCAGUAUACAAAUACAUAUAACAUCUGACUUUUACAAUUUUAAGGGAAACCCUUAAAUUUUGGACUUGGUUGCCACCGG